AAACGAAAAAGUUUUAAAAUUUGUAACAAAGUCUAUUCACCCCCCCUCUAGACUUUGUAUCUCACCACUUUGGGACCACCAAUUGGUAUCAGAGCUAACUCCUCAUUAUCUACAUUUAGAUUAACGAGAAGCGAUCAUAAUGGUGAACAAUAUGGAUCACGGUUUGCCCAAGUUUUCUCUUCUAGGUUAUGAUGAUUGGAAGAUCAUGAUGGAAGCACAUCUCUACGCUCUACAUGAUUGCAUGUGGAUGGUGCUUGAGGAUGGACCCUUGAAAAUUCAAAUGGAGAACCCUGAGAGGAAUCCAGAAGCUCCUGAUGUAGUCCAGUACAUUCCAAAGCCCAAAGAAAAAUGGGAUGAUAGAGAUUGCAAAAAGCACAAUCUGGACAACGUCGCCAAAGCAGCCAUCUUCAAGACACUUGAUCCCAUCACCUUCUCCAAGAUCAAGCAUCUAAAGACUGCCAUGGAGAUUUGGCAAGGUCUUGGGAAGCUAUGUGAGGGAUCAGAGGACCUGAGAAAGCAGAAGAUAGAAGUCCUGCUUGAGAAGUUCAAAAGCUUCAAAAUGCUUCCCGGAGAAUCAUUUGAUAUGUUGGAUGAAAGGUUCUACAAAAUCUUAAAUGAUCUUGCAUCACUUAACCACGUUCUUUCUCCCAAGGAAAAGAAUGUAAGGUUACUGAGAUCACUUCCAACCGAGUGGUACACCAAAGCCACAGCCAUGGAAGAAGGAAGAGACCUGGAGAACUACACUGUCCAAGGUCUCCUUGAUGAGCUCAGAACCUAUGAGCACGAGCUGAAGAAGAAGAAGAAGGAAGAACAAGUCACUCCCUUCCCUACGACAUUGAUGACAACUCCAAAAGUCCCAACAAGUGAAGGGACAUGCCCAAGGAAUUGUGACACACCUUCCUCCAGCCAACCGUCAAGCUCAAAAAUGGAGAACUGUGAUGAGGAAUUUGCCAUGAUGGUCAAGCAAUUCUGGAAGUUCAAGAAGUUCUUCAAAAAGGCUGACUCAGUCAGAAGGCCAUCCAAGGGAAAGCCACAUUUCAAAAAGAUGAUGGAAGAUUUUGAGGAAAUAAUUCUCAAACACUCAUCCUUAACAGAGGAGAACAAACUAUUGAGUGAAGAGAAUCUCAAGUUGACUGAAGGUCGGAAAAGUCAACUGGAUGAGAUCACUCAACUCAAGACUGAAAAUGAAUCUCUCUCUGAAAAGGUGAAAUCCCUCAACAAAGAGCUAGGGAUACUUAAGUCCAAAGAAGCAGUGGAUAAGCUUCUUGAAACGACCAAACAUAAGGGUCGUGAAGGACUUGGGUUUGACCCUUCUAGUUCCAAAAGGAAAGGGAGAACAACUUUCAUCCUUCCUAAACCUACUGCUAAACCAAAUAAGCAGAAAGGAAAGAAAAAGGAGAAACCAACCUAAGUUCCCAAAAAGCUUGAUUGGGGGAACACAAGGGGACCACUGCUAGUACACAUUGGAGAAAUAAUGGGUUGGGUUUUGG